UUCAUUCUCUCCCUUCGAUUUUCUGCUUUCUUUAUCUCCACCUCCAGCCCCUCUCAGUGUCGUUUAUCGGGAACUGAUAAGCUAUCAACAAUCACUUAUCAGCUGUCUAUCAACAACUAAACCAUUGUUUAUCCACUAAGACUCCACAUACUACCAUGACCCACUCUCUCCGUCCAAUCUUCACUCCUCCCUGGCUGACUUUUCACAGCUCCUAAUUUUCCUUCCCAGCAGUACCCUUCGUUAUAGAGAUUAUGUGAAUCAUAUCGCGCAUUGUCAUUCGCCAUGCAAUCCACAAGUGCCAUGCCUGCCAGCGACACCGAACAGCUGCCUGAAACCCAAGCGCCACCUCCCACCACCGAGGAAGCUUCGCAGCGCCAAGCCUGGUCAUCCGAAGGAUAUGGGCUGCCUCCCACCAGUGACAAGCCUCCUUACGGCCCCGUUGAACCAACGCCCUCACGAAGGGAACCUGUCGCAAGACCCGUCUCCAAACAUGCUACGCAGCUUUUCACCCUUUCAUACCUGGUCUUCUUCGCCAUUUUCGGCACUUUGGCGCGUCUCGGUCUCCAAGCCCUGACCAUCUACCCGGGGGCGCCCGUGGUAACAGGCGUCCUCUGGGCCAACGUAGGAGGAUCGCUACUAAUGGGCUUCUUCCUCGAGGACAAGAACCUCUUCCGCGAAGAAUGGGGUAGUGUGAACCCAAACAACAACAAUACCACGGGAACCGACCCGAGCGCCGAAUCGAAACGUCACAAGUCUGUUAAAAAGACAAUCCCAUUAUACAUCGGCCUAACAACCGGCUUCUGUGGCUGCUUCACCUCCUUCUCGAGCUUCAUCCGUGACAUCUUCCUCGCGCUAUCCAACGACCUGUCGGACCCCUCAGCCCCCAAUGGCGGAUACAGCUUCAUGGCUCUGGUAGCUGUCAUCCUGACCACAGUCGCGCUCAGUCUCAGCGCGCUCAUCUUUGGUGCCCAUCUCGCGCUCGCGCUCGAUCCCGUAACCCCCUCCUUCCCCUUCCGCUUCACGCGCCGAUUCAUAGACCCCCUCUUCAUCAUCCUCGGCUGGGGAUGCUGGCUGGGGGCCGUCUUCCUCGCAAUCUGGCCUCCGGAUCGCCAUGACAAUGGACCAGAGUUCUGGCGUGGUCGCGCAGUGUUCGCUGUCGUUUUCGCACCGCUCGGCUGCUUUCUGCGUUACUAUGUUUCUCUCGUGUUGAAUGCCCGACUCCCCUCCUUCCCGCUAGGUACGUUCGCCGUGAACAUCCUCGGAACUAUCAUCCUUGCCAUGUGCUAUGACUUGCAGCAUGUUGAUGGCAUCGGGGCCUCCUCGCUUGGCUCUGGGGCUAGUUCGUCGAUACUCACAAGCUGCCAGGUGCUUGCUGGUGUUAUGGAUGGGUUCUGCGGUUCAGCAACUACAAUUAGUACGUGGGUGGCUGAAUUGAAUGGGCUGAGUCGGCGACGACAUGCCUAUUUCUACGGGAUUAUUAGUAUUGGGGUUGCGCUGGGAUUUUUUGUAAUUAUUACGGGUUCCUUGAGGUGGACGAGGGGGUUCGUAGAGCCCGUUUGUAAGUGAUGUUAGCCGUGUGUAUUCUAUAGCGUUUUAGAGAUGUAUAGGAAGAUAAACUAUUAUUAGUUAAUGAUAAAAUAGAUGCUACCAUGAAA